AUGGCAGCUCUUAAGGACAAACUGAUUGCACCAGUUGCGGAAGAAGAGGGAACAAUCCCAAACAAUAAGAUCACUGUAGUGGGUGUUGGACAAGUUGGUAUGGCAUGUGCCAUCAGCAUUCUGGGAAAGUCUCUGACUGAUGAGCUUGCUCUUGUGGAUGUUUUGGAAGAUAAACUCAAAGGAGAAAUGAUGGACCUGCAGCAUGGGAGUUUAUUCCUUCAGACACCAAAAAUUGUGGCAGACAAAGAUUACUCUGUCACUGCCAAUUCCAAGAUCAUGGUGUUAACUGCAGGAGUUCGCCAGCAAGAGGGGGAGAGUCGCCUGAAUUUGGUGCAAAGGAACAUUAACGUCUUCAAGUUCAUCAUUCCUCAGAUCGUCAAGUACAGUCCUGACUACAUCAUCAUUGUGGUUUCCAACCCAGUGGAUAUUCUCACAUAUGUUACCUGGAAACUAAGUGGAUUACCCAAGCACUGUGUGAUUGGGAGUGGAUGUAAUCUGGAUUCUGCUAGAUUUCGCUAUUUUAUGGCUGAAAAACUUGGCAUUCAUCCCAGCAGCUGCCACGGAUGGAUUUUGGGAGAACAUGGCAACUCAAGCGUGGCUGUGUGGAGUGGAGUGAAUGUGGCAGGCGUUUCUCUCCAGGAACUGAAUCCAGAAAUGGGAACAGACAGUGAUAGUGAAAAUUGGAAGGAAGUGCAUAAGAUGGUGGUUGAGAGUGCCUAUGAAGUCAUCAAGCUAAAGGGAUAUACCAACUGGGCUAUUGGAUUAAGUGUGGCUGAUCUUAUUGAAUCCAUGUUGAAAAAUCUAUCCAGGAUUCACCCAGUGUCAACAAUGGUGAAGGGCAUGUAUGGCAUUGAGAAUGAAGUCUUCCUGAGUCUUCCAUGUAUCCUGAAUGCUCGAGGGUUAACCAGUGUUAUCAACCAGAAGCUGAAGGAUGAAGAGGUUGCCCAACUUAAGAAGAGUGCAGAUACCCUCUGGGGCAUCCAAAAGGACCUAAAGGACCUGUGA